AUGAAGGUCGGAUAUCCCUCAUGUCAUUCCUUUGAGAAAUUAGAUACCUCUCUUCUUGCACUCAAGAUUGCAAGACAUUCUCCUUGUUCCAGAUGUAUCAAAUGUCCUGGACUCCAUCCGCCACCCGGCAUUGACGUAGUGGUCGACGGUCAGAGCGAUUCAAGUUUAGGUGACCUUGGGCAGUAUGGCUCAGACGACGAGGACGAACCACCAUCCUCUUACCUGUCAAGCUGUGCCUGUGGUCAUGGUGUAAAGGAACAUAAUGCAGACGAGAAGGAACUUGGAAGAGUAGAGUUCAAUCGAAAAGCCAGAGUCGCCAUUCGACUUGAUGAACUAUUGCAGGACUCUGGUCGUCUACCGGACUUUGACUACACGGAUGACGAUAUAUCCUCCCUACGGAAACAAAUGGCUCAUACAAUUUCGUCUGUCAGUCUUGCAGCUACCAACUCAUCUCCAGACCACCGAAUAGAAAAUGUUCCCCCUCGUUCUCCAACAUCAUCUAUACUUAGCGACCCUCCGCAACCCGCGACCAAAAAACGACGCGUGUCUUUCUCCUCCUUAAGUGAUGCUGACCAUGACGAGGAUGACGAUGAGGAUGAUGAUGAAGAAGAUCGGCCUCUCGCUGCUCGGAUUACAAUGGGGUCUCGUUCGGUUCCUGGAAAGCGAAGCGGAAAACAAGCACCUGGUAAAAAGACAAAGAAGUCACAUACUCUUGCAGGAGGUGCUGUACCUGCAUCAUCAAUUGAAGAAGCCAAUGCCAACGCUCCGACCUUUAAUGGGAAACAUAAUGGAAUUAAUGGGCAUGAACCCCGAAUUAAACAAGAGGACAAGAUGGACGAAGGCCAGCUCAAUCGCUUGACUGCUGGUAUACCAGUGGACUCCGUUGGAAGGUCGUCAGCAGGCCACAUUUACCGGCAUUUAUUGCAGCCACCAGUGAGAACAGAAAAACCAUCAGCAAUUGAAUUGCGAAAAGGGGUCAUACAAAUUACUGCAGUGGAAAACGACAGACAGGCUCGCUCUUUAAUAAUUCUAACAGGUCUUAAGACACUCUUCCAGAAGCAGCUUCCUAAAAUGCCUCGCGAAUACAUAGCUCGCCUCGUUUUUGAUAUUAAUUCAAAAUCUCUUGCUAUCAUCAAACGAGGAUAUAAAGUCGUUGGAGGGAUCUGUUACCGACCCUUCAUACAAAGAGGCUUCGCAGAAAUCGUCUUCUUUGCCACAAACUCUGCUGAUCAAGAAAAGGGCUACGGGGGAAUGUUGAUGGAUCAUUUCAAAGCGCACAUUCGAAAGACUUAUCCGGAUAUGAUGCACUUCCUCACAUAUGCUGACAACUAUGCUGUUGGAUACUUCGAAAAGCAGGGUUUCUCCAAAGAUAUCUCAUUAGACCGUUCGGUGUGGGCGGGGUAUAUUAAAGAUUAUGAAGGCGGAACUAUAAUGCAGUGCACCAUGUUACCCAAGAUUGACUACUUGGAUAAGCAAUCCAUCUUCAAGCAGCAAACCGAAGCAAUCCUUGCAAAAAUUCGCGAGAAAUCGACUUCUCAUAUCGUAUACCCUGGACUCCCUCAAUUCCAACCAGGCGCGCCACCAGGCAUUAAAGUCGACCCAAAAACUGUUCCUGGUCUAAGAGAAACAGGUUGGACUCCUGAAAUGGCAGCGCUAUUGGCCCGUGGUCCUGUUAAACCUAGUACACGGACUACCAUGGAAAAAAUCCUAGCAGAGUUGAUUGAGGAACCGAGAUCUUGGGCUUUCCGAGAUCCCGUCGACCCGGCCGACGUUGCUGAUUAUUUCGACGUCAUCAAGCAUCCAAUGGGUACGCGGUUCAUGAUGCUGUUUGUAUAUACUGAUUAUAUUUAUCCUUUGUACCUGAUAUUUUCGUAG